AUGAGUCGUCGAGAUACACCAAAACAUCCGAUUCCAAGUCAUUUCAAUCUCCCGAAAGCAGGUGGAAAUCGAUCGGGAGCACGGAUGGUCGGAGGCGAUCUGACCAAGAACAAUAACACGUAUUUCAAUAAUCAACAAGUAAUCACCGGUGGAACAAGACACAAAGCAAGAGUAGUGGAUAGUCUCGAUCUGGAAAACUUCCUCCAACCAAAAGAAGUACAUAUUGAUUCUGAAGUUGAUGAUGAUAACAAAGAAUGUAAAUAUCAGGAAUCAUCCAAUCGAUCAGAACUAUUUGGUGAUGCUUGUUCCAACGACCGUAAUCGAGGACAUGUCGAUUGGCUGGAAAAUUCGAUGACACAGAUUGAUCUAUUCAGUCGACGACACCGUGGAAUGCUUGAAAAUGAACGAAUUGAAGAUUAUUUUUCUCAUAAUCAUUCUAAAAAUCAUUAUGAAAAUGAUGAAGAACAUUUUACAAUACCGGAAUUACCUGAGGGUGAACAGCUGGUUUUUAAUUUGAAAACCACAUGGGGAGAUCGUCAUUAUGUUGGUUUGAAUGGAAUUGAAAUAUUUUCUAGCGAAGGCUAUCCUGUUAUGAUUAAAAAAAUCACUGCGGAUCCAGCAGAUAUCAAUAUUCUACCAGAAUACGGCAGUGAUCCACGAGUCGUCAGUAAUCUAAUUGAUGGAGUGAACAAGACUCGAGAUGAUAUACAUAUGUGGCUUGCACCGUACACAGAUGGACGAAAUCAUUUCAUCUACAUUACAUUUGAACAUCGAGUUCACAUUGCUUUGAUCAGAAUUUGGAAUUAUAAUAAGAGUCGGAUACAUUCAGCGCGUGGCGCGAAAGAUGUGGAGAUAUCUCUGGAUGGUCAUACAAUAUUCACAGGAGAAAUCAGUCAAGCUUGUGGAAAUAUCAACGCGACGAAUGAUCCAUCUGCUUAUGGAGAGACGAUUCUAUUCACAACGGAUGAGGAAAUUUUGGAAAAAAUUUCUACAUAUGAUGAAAUGUAUGUUGAUCAAGAAGCCGUUCAGGAUGACGAUGAGAGCACACAAACAAAUAGCAAACGACCGCCUACUGUUGGCACAGAUGUACGUCCGAUGACACGUGCGAUGUUGCGAAGACCUUUCACAGCGUUUCGACCAUCAGAGGCUAAUGAAAUUCCUGAAUAUUACGGAAAGAAAUUGAUUUUAACUAUAACAGAUACCUGGGGUGAUCGCAAUUACUGUGGUUUGACUGGCAUCGAAGUUGUUGACAUCAACGAUGCUGAUUGUGUAAUAAAAUCUUACGAUGCUCGUCCUCGUGAUAUAACUGUUCUACCAUCAAAUGUUAAUGAUGUCCGGACGCUUGACAAAUUAUUUGACGGUGAAAAUAUUACUUGCGAUGAUCAUCAUAUGUGGUUAUGUCCAUUCAGUAGUAAAGAAAGAGUACGCAUUAUGAUUAUGUUGAGUGUCUCAAAACGAUUGCAUGGUUUACGCAUAUGGAAUUAUAACAAAUCAUCUGAUGAUACUUAUCGAGGCGUCAAACGUCUUCAUGUACAAUUGAACGAUAAAAUUAUUUCACCAAAACAAGGUUUUCUACUACGACGUGCACCUGGUCACUGCUUUUUUGAUUUCGCCCAGGAAAUUGUCUUUGCUCACGCGAAAACAAUGAUCGAUGGCGUACCCAGACAAACGCAGAAAAAGCAUAUGCAGCAUACAAAUCAAGAUACAGACUCAGAUAUAUCAAUGCCAAAUGGAUUUAUUUAUGAAUUUCAACUUCAUUCUACACACGGCGAUGCUUUCUACGUUGGAUUAAAUGGUUUGGAAUUUUAUGAUGAACACGGUGAAUCGAUCGGCCUAACAGAACAAAAUAUUGCUGCUUAUCCGCAUAGUGUCAAUGCACUCAAUGCAGGAACUGACGAUGACGUGCGCACACCGGAUAAAUUGAUCGAUGGUGAGAAUUAUGAAACUGAUGGAACACAUUGUUGGAUAGCACCGAUUCUCCCGAAUGUCAUCAAUCGAAUUUUUGUCAUUUUUGAUCGACCGACAUCUGUCUCAAUGAUUAAAAUAUGGAACUAUGCUAAAACACCGAAUCGUGGUGUUCGUGAAUUUUCUUUACUUGUUGACGAUUUACUUGUUUGGACUGGUAUAUUAGAUAAAAUGAAUGAGAAUGAUUAUGAUCGUAAUACAGGACAAGUGCCUUUCAAUACAAUUCUAUUUUCAAAUGAGAGACUUUUGACUGAAGAUGAAAAGUAUACUGUUCUAGAAAAUAAAAAUGCAUCAGAUAAUAUUUCAAAUCAGGCAAUCAUUCGACAUCAAUCUGUUGAUUAUUCAAAACGGCCGACAACAUCAGUUCCUCGACAGAAUCGAAAACGCUAG